AAUCUGUGGCUUCUCUCGCUGCGGAAGUCUCCCUGGAGCCAAGAAUAGUUGAUUUUCUUUCGAGUCAUUUCUAGUGCCUGAGUGUACGGACCUCCAGUUUCCCCCAUCCCCUGUCGACCCACAGGGAGAGAACUGGGAGGACGACUAAGGGGCGCGCGGGACGGGCUGGAAAGGCCAGGUCCCCCACCCGCCUGACCACUUGCGCAAAGGAGCGCGCUCGGUCGCCCGACGGGGGUUGGGAGCAGGUCUGGGAGGGCUAUGCGAGCGAUUCAGUAACGCUCAGGAAGUGAAGCUUGUGGUUUUGGGGGCUGAGCUCGGAAGGAGAAUUUUUUUUUUUUUAAGUCAGAGAGACAGAGCAGUCUCUCCCGAAAGCAAGAUUCCGUUUGAAAACUCUCCUAGCGCGGUGCCCGCGCCCUGACCCCGCAGGUCUUCGCCGGGCUGGGGCUAAGCAAGCCCUCGGAGUGACCGUGGGUGACAGCGGCUCCAGGGACUCUUGGGGCACAGUGGGGAAAGCGCCGGACCACCAUGCCGCGCUCAUUUCUCGUCAAAAGCAAGAAGGCUCACAGCUACCACCAGCCGCGCUCCCCGGGAUCAGACUAUUCCCUCCGUUUAGAGAAUGUACCGGCGCCCAGCCGAGCAGACAGCACUUCAAAUGCAGGCGGGGCGAAGGCGGAGUCCCGGGACCGUUUGUCCCCCGAAUCGCAGCUGACCGAAGCCCCAGACAGAGCCUCCGCAUCCCCAGACAGCUGCGAGGGCAGCGUCUGCGAACGGAGCUCGGAGUUUGAGGACUUCUGGAGGCCUCCGUCACCCUCCGCGUCUCCAGCCUCGGAGAAGUCGAUGUGCCCAUCGCUGGACGAAGCCCAGCCCUUCCCCCUGCCUUUCAAACCGUACUCAUGGAGCGGCCUGGCGGGUUCUGACCUGCGGCACCUGGUGCAGAGCUACCGACCGUGUGGGGCCCUGGAGCGCGGUGCUGGCCUGGGCCUCUUCUGUGAACCCGCCCCGGAGCCGGGCCACCCGGCUGCGCUGUACGGCCCAAAGCGGGCUGCCGGCGGCGCGGGGGCCGGGGCGCCAGGGAGCUGCAGCGCAGGGGCCGGUGCCACCGCUGGCCCUGGCCUAGGGCUCUACGGCGACUUCGGGUCCGCGGCAGCCGGGCUGUAUGAGAGGCCCACGGCAGCGGCGGGUUUGCUGUACCCCGAGCGUGGUCACGGGCUCCACGCAGACAAGGGCGCUGGCGUCAAGGUGGAGUCGGAGCUGCUGUGCACCCGCCUGCUGCUGGGCGGCGGCUCCUACAAGUGCAUCAAGUGCAGCAAGGUGUUCUCCACGCCGCACGGGCUCGAGGUGCAUGUGCGCAGGUCCCACAGCGGUACCAGACCCUUUGCCUGCGAGAUGUGCGGCAAGACCUUCGGGCACGCGGUGAGCCUGGAGCAGCACAAAGCCGUGCACUCGCAGGAACGGAGCUUUGACUGUAAGAUCUGUGGGAAGAGCUUCAAGAGGUCAUCCACACUGUCCACACACCUGCUCAUCCACUCAGACACUCGGCCCUACCCCUGUCAGUACUGUGGCAAGAGGUUCCACCAGAAGUCAGACAUGAAGAAACACACCUUCAUCCACACUGGUGAGAAGCCUCACAAGUGCCAGGUGUGCGGCAAGGCAUUCAGCCAGAGCUCCAACCUCAUCACCCACAGCCGCAAACACACAGGCUUCAAGCCCUUUGGCUGUGACCUUUGUGGGAAGGGUUUCCAGAGGAAGGUGGACCUCCGAAGGCACCGGGAGACGCAGCACGGGCUCAAAUGAGCACCCUGGCUGGCUGCAAGCAGCAGCUACACAACACUACGGAGGGCAACCUCCCUGCUUGCCACCACUCUGCUCCCUGCUUGCCACCACUCCCUUCUGACUUUCCAGACCCCAAGUCCAGUCUGCAGAUCCCACCAGGGUGCUCCUCCUUUGCCUUACCUCCUGGAGCUGCCAGAGGAGAUGAGGUACCUUUUCAAAGUGCAGCCGAAAGUGAGAACCAAGCGACUCUCUAGGCUUCAGACACAAAUAGGCUCCUCUACACCUGAAGACAAAGGCAAGGUCAAAUGGGAACCAGAAUAAAUCUUAGACCCCACAGUCCCUCCCAUUUCCAGCCCUAAUCUGCAGACAGGAAUGCCCUUCAGGUUUCUUCCCUCCCCCUCUUGACCUACCCCAGAUAUUUGUGUGGAAGAGGAGGAAUCACCAUUUACAAGGUGGACAAAUGCUAAUAUUUUUAUCUAGAAAGAAGAGUGAGUGUUAACUUUUAUUUUUUUUUCUUCUGGGGAGUCUGUUGACUCCUUUCUUCUGGGUGCUGCCUAUAAAUCUUGGAGGAAUCAUUUCUCCUCCUCAAAAACUGAUUCAGAAACUGACUUGGGGAAGGAAUUUAAUACUUUGAAGUCAUGAGAUGCACCAUCAAGGCUACCCCCAAGAAGGGGCAGAAGAGAAAUUGAUGAGAGGGGAUUAGAGGUCCUCCCUUCAGGAGGCCUGUGAAAGCCUCAUCAGUGGAGUUAAAAGCACGAACAAUGCCUGUGGACAAGAUGUCAUUCAUUCACUCAGCAAAUGUUCAUGGAUCACCGGCUACCAAAGUACCAGGCACCAUGCUAGGUUUUGGGGAAGAGAGACUGAAGUCACAACCCCUGACUGCUCCUUAAAAGCUAACGGUUGUACCUCCAAGUGGCUGGGUCUUGGAGGCAAUUCUGAGAAGACAACACAGAAUUAUAAACCUUCCCUUUUGACCCUUUUGGAUUUUAUCAGGUGUAAAAAAGAAAAGUAGCUGAACAGUUACUUCAAAGAUAUGUGUGUAUAUUCAGUUUUUUAUUGUUAAGCUGAUAUUUUAAAGAUGUCUGAGCUAGCAGGCAUGUGGGAAUGAAGGCUCUGUCUUCAACUCUUUGAUCCUCCAUGUGUACCAUAGAGGGGGGAAAAAGUGGUAUUUUCACUUUGAUGAGGUUGGUAAAUGUUUUUAGAUCUUCUGGUAUGCAUUAUGUUUGUUAAUACAUAUUUAUUAGAGUGAUGUUUUAAGUUAAUAAAGUAUUAAGACUAUUA